UCUCUAUAUUCUUUUUUUUUUUUCGGUAAAUUUAUAACAAACCAAAAAAACAAAGAGUUGUUAAAAUCUCAUUAAACCAAACCCAAUUUAAUGUGAUGUCGUAAAAAAUGUUUAACUUUUUUUGAUCGAAAUUUGAAAAAAGAAAACCAAAGUAAAAAAAAAAAAAACAUUUCGUAUAUGAUUUUCGCCGCAAAAGAAAAAUCGAUUCCAGACAUUUCAAAUCAUCCAGCGCGAGCCGAGGAGCAAGAGUGGGCUAAUGUAAUAUACUGCGGAGGAUGGAUUUAGAGAGGGAACCCCAAAAACAAUGGCAGACCCUUGUACUAAUCCCCAGCCCAACGACAACGACGACAAUGCUGCAGCACAAUCUAAGUCUAAAUUAGAAGAAUGCGAUGAUGAAAUUCCGGAACCGAUUCAAGUUCUCGAUGAAAUUUUAUCAGAAUUUGAAGAACCAGAAUCGCUACCGCUGAUACAGGAUCAAGGUAGUCCAUUGCAAGGUAAUCAAUCUGAAGAUGAUGGAUACAUGAGCAUGAAUGGAAGACGGACAACGAAGGUGUCAACGCCUCCAGAGCAGCAAAAAUUUGGGCCUGUAGUCGAAUCGAAUGAUAGUGGACAUUGUGAAAGCAUUGAUAUUCCAGAAAAUCAUGAUAAUAAAAUGCCAAACAAUGAUUCAAAAGGUGAAGAAGAAGACGAAGAAUUGGUGGAAGAAAAAGAACCAGCACCAUCUUCUCCAGUGGAAUCGAGUGAAAAUAAUAAUUUCACCACAACCACACCCACUGUACCAGCAACUGUGAUGGUCAAUACAAAUGGCGAUGAGAAUAAUAUAGCUAAAACGAGUCCUGUUAAAGUCACUAGUCAAGAAAAACUACCCAGCGAGCCAAGCAUCAGCCAAACAACUCUGCCAAAAGUACGAACUGCAGCAUGUAUUCCAUCCAAAUAUUCAAGUCUUCCAUGCUCAGGAGCUCAUAAAUUGGGUGACCGAGCGAUAUCGAGUGGCAGUUUUGAUGGUGAGCGAAAUGCUCUUGGUAUUGAUAUAAGUGCUGUGCACAAUGCUGUUAUACGCGGUGGAGUUGCCAGAAUUCCAGAAACUAUUGUUAAUGAACAUCCAGUAACAAUAUAUCCAGGAAGAGCAUCUCCACCACGAAGUCGAGUACCACCACGUACUCUAGCAAGCUCUGUCGAAAAACAUCGAGAAGUUUGUCGAAAUGCACAACAAUUUUCGAACUCGAAUGAUGUCGAUAUAUUUGUGACAAAUAUUCCAACAAAUACUUCUCCCCUUAAGCGCCUUUUUGCAGCCACAUCACCAUUAUGCCCAAAUCGCAGAGUUGGAGAUCGUGCUGGUGCUGGUAGUGAUGAAUUAUUAUUAGCGAAUUCUUCGCCGAGUUUCGAAAAUCAACAACGAAUUAUCAUCACCGAUUCGUUGAAGAAUUUCGCCAAAGUCGAAAGUAGUAUCGCUUUGAAAUCGUCCAAUAAUAAUGCUUUCAAUGACAAACGACGACGUAACCAUGAAAGUUCUACUGAUGAAGAAUUCUCAGAUGAUUCGUUGGAAGAUCAAUCAUUACCACCACCACCAGCGCCACCUACUGUACCGCCAACACCAUCUCUAUCGGCACCAGCAACACCAAGAAAACGAACAAGUAUAUCGUGGGAAAUUAAUUUAGAUGAAGUUGAUGAUGCAGGAAAUAAUAUAUUUGGUAGUAAACAUAAAUCAAAUAGUAAACUUAAUAAAAAGCCUGGAAACAGAGAAAGACCAGAAUUUACCAGCGCAGCUGUAUUUAAGCCUGUGAUUGAAAGAAAUAGCACAAGUAUUUCCGAAUCAAGUGUCACAUCAACCAGUGAUAAUGGUCAAGAACCACUUGAAGCUGCCCAACAUCAAGUGCAAGUUUGUAGUACCGAAGAUGAGGCUACGUCAAUUUAUUCCGAUGCCGAAGACAUAUUACCGGUAUUUCCGGCUAAUAUGGUCGGAAAGGGAACAUUUAUUAUACGAAAAGGGCGAAAAGAACGUCAACAAUUGCCUGAAUUAUUUGCCAUAAAAUCAACAUCGAUGCAUUCAAAUUUAAGUCCGGAAUGUAAUAAUUCAUCAUCAUCAAAUUAUAAUAGCCAAAGCCUUAUGAUACCAAAUUCAAGACAUAGCAUAGAUUUAGGUAUGUCGUCAACGUCGCAUAAUCAUUCGAUUUCUAGAGGUGGAGAACAAAUUAGAUUGUCACCGAGAUCACGGUUAUCAUUAGAUUUAGGAUCACCUACGUAUGAAUCAACAAAUCAACAUCAACAUUUUUCUGAAAACCGGCCUACAUUUAGUAAAACUGCAUCAUUUGAACAUCCCUCACAAUUAUUACAACGUCCAACUGAUUACAAUAAAAUCGAAAAGGACACAAAAUCGACGAAAAAUGGUAGUGAAGGGUGCCUUAACAACAUGGAAAAUAAUGGAAAUAAUUAUUCGUCUGGAUUUUUCUCACUAAGCAAUAGCAAUCCAAAUGUUUCAUCAUCUUCGAUAAUGCGACAGCAAGCUGGUUCAGGCGAUCUUCAUGCUUCAAAUGCUACAACACCACGUCGUGAAUUGGCUCCACCAUUAGAAGAAGACGAAGAACAAUAUAGUGAAUCUCAAUCUGGCUGUGCCCCAUUGCGUCAAAUAGAAAAUAAUAUUAGUGCGUUAUUGCGUGGUGAUAUAUCUGUUGCCCGGGUAGGUGAUAUAACACAACAACGCCGUUCUCUGGGCUUCCGACCUGGUGUACAUAAAUCAGAAAGUGCCAAGGAGAUGCUUUUGUCACAGAAUGCAUUUGGUCCGUUGCCGCCAACGCCAACUUCGUCCAGUCCAGAGUUGGUGGACUCUGAUGGCCUUCCUCCAUUGCCGCCCUCACCUACCGAUGUCGAAGAUAAUAUGGAUUCUGAUCAUAUAACUUCUGGGAUUCAUGAUAUGAAAUUACAUUCGAAACCUAAUCAUUUUGGUAAAUACACACCAGAUGAUCAAACAACAAUAACAACAACAACAACAACAACAACUGCACCACAACCACCUGCUAUUCCUCCGCAUCGUAGCCCAAUGCCAUCGAAUACAAUGAAAGCUCGUUCUAUGGAUGGUGGUUAUUCGAAAAAAUGUGGCAAAAGUUACGGACAUGGAAGCAUACCGGGCACAUUGCCAUGUGAGAUGCCAGUUUGUGGAUCGACUAAAAGGAAUUUGCCUGGUUCAUAUUCGAGAAGAACACCCCCAACUCAAACAACACCAAGAGAAGAGAGUCGUUUACAAACUUCUUGUAGUUUACCAGAGACACCAAUAUUUGCUAGAGGGUGUGACAUUGCUCGAACACCACAUCGACGUCCUACAGAACCAACUGUGGGUGGAGGAGGGAGUGUUUCAAGAACAGCACCAAGAUCCAGUACAAAUGCCCAAAAUAUGAACUUUGGUUCAUCGAUUGUUGGAAUCGGAGCUGGUAACACUCUUACAGGCUGCAGACAGCGAACACUCAGUCAAGCAUUACAAACUGGUGAAAUGCUACGAUUAACUGGUGGUCCGGCCAGAGGAUGGUAUCCUAAACAAAGAUCAAUGCGUCCUGCAUCUACAGAAAAUCUAGAUCAUUUACAUAGAAUACAACAAUCUUCUUCCAUGCGGGCAUGGGAUGGUACAGCUGGAAUGUCCGGUACUGGUAGCAGUCGAAAGCCUCUAACUCUGCCACCAAAUUUAACACCAACAUUUUUAAAUAAGUCACCCCGAGAGGCUUUACGUAGGGUGACUAGUCUUCUUAUUAAAAAAGGCAAUACAAAAGAACGUGAAAGUAAAAAGAAUAAAGAUGCAGUUUCCCCACAAUCUGGUGGUCAACAGGGUUUGGAUUCUUCCAGUAAGUUUAAAAUAAAUAUAAUUUUGUUUUAUUUACUAACCACUCAUACACCAUUUACAGAAGUUCUAGCAAAAGAGAGCACAUCGAAUUUCAAUAACAAUUUACACAAGUCACAGAAGAAAAAAGGAUUUUUCAAAAAUUUCUGGAAAAAAUCCAAGCACUAUUCAUUGGAUCAAUAAUAAAUUUUAAAACAAACAACAACAAAAAUUUAAACAAAAUAUAUAUAGUAUAUAUAUUAAUUAUAAAUAAUUAAAAAAAAAAUAAUUUAUACAAAAAAAAAAGGAUAGCACAUAAUUUUCUACUACUAAUUACUACUACGUACGAAAUAUCAUUAAUAGCAUUUAAAUGAAAAAAAAAAUUGAAACUUUUCGGACUACAUCUAAAAAAAAAAAAACCAAAA